CUCCAGGGUUCCGUGAACAGCUCAGCCACAGCUCUCCUUAAGGUUACUACCUAUGGCCAUUUUCCCUUAGAUACAUGGCGAAACCCUUAGCGUUCAGCCAGUAAAAUGCCGGCUUGGUCUGACCAUACAUUACCGAGUGUGUUAGGUUGUGAACUAAAACGUCACCAACGCCACCAGGAAGAAGUACCUGCCACCCUCCGGGAUCUCUGCCCAGAAUGGUGGCAAGAAGCCCUCCGUGUAGCAAACCAGAUAUGACGCUUCUGCAGAGAAGUGCUGUGCCCCCACCCAGACGAUUGUAUCGAAGCCACAGAGGGACAGCAGUACAAGCAGAAACCAUUCUCUUGGGACCGUUCACAAGCAAGAGACACCAGCGCCGUGACAUAUGCCAGUGCCACCGCCACCUCCACCUCCUCCUCUGCCUCCACCUCCCCCGCCUCUGGGAGCUCCUCCCCCUCCCCCGCCAUCAGCACCCCCGGCGAGUACAGAAGCUUCCAGCUUGAGAAAGGCCGAUCCCAAAGGUCGAAGUGCACUGUUGGCUGAUAUCCAGCAAGGAACUCGCCUUCGGAAAGUCACGCAGAUCAAUGACCGCAGUGCCCCGCAAAUCGAGAGUCCUAAAGGAGCCAACAAAGAAGGAGGAGGUUCUGCAAACUCUCGAGGAGGGAGCACGCCCCCAGCCCUGGGAGAUCUGUUUGCUGGCGGCUUCCCUGUGUUGCGACCGGCAGGCCAGAGGGAUGCAGCAGGUGGCAAGACAGGGCAGGCCCCUGGCUCCCGAGCGCCUUCUCCCCGGCUUCCCACCAAAGCUAUCAGCGGGCCGCUCAACGCCCCAGCAUCUCCCAGGCUAGGCACUGCCUCGGAGGCCAGGACGGCCCCUCCUCGCCCCAGCGUGCCUGCCCCACCUCCUCCCACCCUGCCCCCACCGCCCCCGCCGCUACCCCCACCCCUGCCCCCUUCCUCUCCCGUCAGAGCUCCCUUGGUGUCCCCACCUGGCUCACAGACCAAAGGGAAUGCCCUGGCAGUGGCACCCGCUCUGCCCUCUGCACCGCCCUCUGCCCCUCCGCCUCCCCCUCCGCCUCCGCCACCUCCCCCAACGCCACCCCCUCUUCCCCAGACCUCCGUUCUCAGUGACAAGACAGUGAAGCCGCAGCUAGCCCCCUUGCACUUAUCGCCCAUCCCACCCCCGCUCCCUCUCCUCCCACCCUGUGGGUACCCAGGGCUCAAUGCGGAUGCUGCCAGCCCCACCCAAGAUGCCCGGGAGCCUCCUGCCCCGCCCCCGCCGCCCCCGCCACCACCACUCCCCCUUUACGCCUCCUGCACCCCGAGGUCCUUGGUGCCAUCGCCCCCUAUGCCAGGCGCUAACAACAGCAGCGAAGCCCCACCCCCACUGCCCCCCAAGUCCCCCAGCUUCCAGCCGCAGCCCCCGAAGCCCAGCGUGCAGGCCUUGCCCGCUCCGCCCGCCCCGCCUGGACAGCCCUUCCUGCAGAAGAAGAGGCCGGGCCGAGGCCCAGGUACCAGUGGGGGAAAGCUGAACCCACCCCCAGCGCCCCCUGCGAGAUCCCCCACCACGGAGCUUUCCAGCAGGAGCCAGCAGGCCCCAGGCUGGACCCCGACACCGCAGCCGGGAGGCCAGCUGUGGAACGGAGGCCUGCACAUCAUUGAUGACUUCGAGUCUAAAUUCACGUUCCAUUCUGUGGAAGACUUCCCGCCUCCGGAUGAGUAUAAGCCCUGCCAGAAGAUUUACCCCAGCAAGAUCCCCAGAAGCCGUACACCUGGUCCCUGGCUCCACGCCGAGGCUGCCGGGCAGAGCUCCGAUGACAUCAAAGGCAGGAACUCUCAGUUAACUCUGAAGACGCUCCGGUGAGAAGACCGAGGAAGCCAGCGUCCUGCGAGCCCCGGGGGCUCCCCACUGCGGACGGGCAACCCGGGAGGCCGUGCCUGGCCUCACCGUUCUCCAGUUGCGAUGCAGUUGACAUUCAGGCUCUGCAGGGAGCAUUUAUUUAUUGUAAAUACGUGGUUUGCACAGGCUUUAAAUCGGUAUCUUAGUGGACUUUUAUUUUGUAAAAAAAGCCACCCUCCCCGUUUCUCCACUUUUUCAAAAUGCAUCUGGGCAUUCGCCUGCCGGUGCAGAUGGAGCCCCGCCCCGCCCCACCGCGUCCGUCCCGUGACGUGCACACCGUGCAGGCUGGCCCUUCCCGCACGGGCCCGUGUUGGGAAGAUUCCUUGGUUUGCCCCACAAGGUGCCCCACAGUCACGGUAUCCACGGUGGCUUCUGAUUGGCAUGAUUUUAUAUUCUCAGCACACGGACUGCAGGAUCAAACCAAACAAUGCCUUAGACGUGACACAGCUCAGAGAGCCCCGAGCGUCCCCUCACCCAGACGACGCCACUCGGCCUCCAGCGGACGGGACGCCGCGUCCCGCUUCCGUCUUGCAGGACAGGGAUUUUUUUUUUUUUCUGCCUAAUGUAAAUAUAACGCAAAGUCCAGGCAGGCGUGGGCUCGGCCCCUUUCGUAAAUGAAUGUUCCUACAAGUAGCCAAUGCUCUGUUUACAGUGCCCCUCGAGCCCAAGUCCCCGAGACGUUGCUCCCGUCCCCUCCAAGCCCCCAGCCCCUCCCUGGCAGCCAGGCCGAGGUGGGGUGAGCUUUAGGAGAUAAGGGUAUUUUCCCUGCAAGUUAGAAACCUGCAUCACACUCAUUUUUAGGGUAAAUGACUAAUUCUAUCUCAGCGGUCUUUGGUUUCUCUCCCAAGUGCAGGAUUUCUAUGGCAAGAAAAAGUGUGGGCCGAAUGUAUUAUGAAUAUCUGCCUCGAAUAUCUGGUUCCCCAACCCCAGCCCUAGGACAGCCCCUCAGGCACAACCUAGCUCCCUCUGAGCUAAAGAACAGACCUGGCGGCAGGCACCUCUCUGUGGGGUCAGCCACCCCUGGGUAAGGAGCAGGCCAGGGCGGGCUCCCACGGCUGCUCACACCCUUGGUCUCGAGCUGGCGAGGGAAUGGACUGUGUGUGCGCGCUCGCCGCCUGACCCCGAGUGCUCCCUGUCCUUGGAGAGGCCGGCUGUGACAGAGGAAGGGGAGAAAAUGGAAGGAAACGGGCUGAUCUCUGGUCUGUUAUCAAAAUAGCUGCAGAGGAAAGGAAACGGGGAAGGCGAGGCUGGCAGGCGGUAAAACUGUUCCCUCUGGAACCAGCCUCGCCUGGGCUCCACCUCGAGGGGACCAUGCCCCGACCAAGCCACCCAAAAAGGCAGCCGGAUAGGCGGGUGCUGCUAGCACGUGACCACACGCAGGGAGCAGUGGUCUGGAGUCCCGAGGAUGCUACCCUCCCCCAUUGUGCUUCCUCCUCGAAGGGAGAAGCCAGUGAGCGAGGUCACGUUCCCUUCUCCGGGGACUAACUCAAGCCAAACUGUAACAAAUCAGUGGAAAAGGAGUUUUCCAGGUCAUAGCUGCUGGGCUUCAGAUGUUCUGGAAGGUUUCCGAAAGGUCAGAAUUGCUUUAUUAUAACAGUAGCCACACCACCUCCCUCCCGGUUGUACGACAUAAUUACAAAGGAUUUAAUUAUCUCGGUUAAGAAGGCCCUAGCAAAGGCAAUCCUGCCUACGGGCACCGCCUGCCCAUGAGGUGUUUAUACGUGCUGGGUCCACACGCUGGGCUAGAAAUGAAAAAUAAAACGAUUCGAGGACAGACAGAGGGAAUGAGCAGAAACCACACGUCGCAAUUAGUGGGGGAUCUCAGGAAUCAGCGUCGCAUCGCUCCUCGAGACCGAUCACUGCAUUCAGGCCCCUUGGACUUGCAGGCCAGAGGCGGAGCCCCUGACCAUGCACCCCCUGCCGCCCCCAGACAGCUGAUCGCAGCGGACCCCAAUCAGAGGAGAUUCCCACAACAGGCCUGUGUCUGCGCUCCCCAGCGUUUCCCACGCAUUUUAUAUUUACAAACAUAAACAUGAAAAACCUCUGCAGUUAAUUCUCUGUACCUGAUACACUGAUAAACAGACAUGCUUCUGGCCGUCUCCCUGUGGAACCCAGUGUGGUCGCCAGUACAAGCUCAGGGUCCGGAGGGCUGACAGGACGGAGCGGCUCCGGGACUCAGGCUGGCCCGGCGCUGCUGGAACGUCCCGUUAGAACCAGGCCUUUCUUUACUGAGCUGACGUUCCCGAUUAAACCACAGUUUCGUCUAAUGUUUCCCUGGUGUUGGUAAGCUAACUAACUGAGUGGGUAUUUGGAGAAACCAACCAAGGGAAAAACUUUCUUAAAUGCAUUUUUUUCAGUUUUAUUGAUAUGGGUGGCCCGGCCACAUGGCUCAGUGGUUGAGUGUCGACCUAUGAACCAGGAGGUCACAGUUCGAUUCCCGGUCAGGGCACAUGCGCCGGUUGUGGGCUCCAUCCCCAGUGUGGGACAUGCAGGAGGCAGCCGAUCAAUGAUUCUCAUCAUGGAUGUUUCUAUCUCUCUCUCUCUCUCUCUGAAAUCAAUAAAAACAUUUAAAAUAUG